AUGCCCUGGCUGCCGUCGGCUCCGGCGCCUGGGCACGCUCACACCAUUGGGGAGCAGAAGGCGGUGGAUGAAAUGGUGGACGGGUUUGGGGUCGGGAGGCUGCAGGGGCUCCUCGGCUCUGCGGUCAGGCAGGCGGCCGAGAUGGAUUGGAUGUACGCAGGGAUGCUCAGAAAGCUGGAGAAGCUCGCCAGGGAGAUUUCGAUUCUCCAUGAACAACUGUGA